AUGCCGAUCUUCGGGUGCGCCUCCUUCUUCCCGGAUGGCAAGAAUCGCCCCUUCAAGUUCAUGAACAAAGGAGAACUCACGGAUUUCGACGCCUCCGUGCUGGCGGUCAAGAAGCUUUUCGACGCUGGGCUCAUCAAGCACUGGGGCCUCUCCAACGAGAACGCCUAUGGUGUCACCAUGUUCUGCCUGACGUGUGACAAGCACAACGUGCCACGGCCCGUCUGUGUGCAGAAUGACUACAGCCUUCUGAACCGUACGUACGAGAGCGAUACGUACGAGGCGUGCCAUCGCUUCGGCUUGGUCGGCAUUCCCUACGGCGUCCUUUGUGGUGGCGUCUUGACCGGCAAGUAUUUCGACAAGUCCGAGUUCGCGACCAAAGAUCCAGAUCGCCCUCUUGCGGAAUGCAGGCACCGGUCCCGGUCAGAUUUCCAACCGCGUUACGGCAUGCCAGCAGCGAUGAAGGCGACCGAGAAAUACAUGGCCCUCGCCAAAAAAUACGGCCUGACACCCGCGGAGCUGGCCAUUGCCUUCGCACUGAGGCAGCCUUGCAACACAUGUGUCAUUAGCGGCACCACGACGGUCAGACAGGUGGAGGAAUGGGUUGGUGCCAGCAAGAUCGAGAGCCUCCCAGAGGAGUUGCUUCUUGAGAUUGACGGGGUCCAUGAAGAAUGCCGCAACCCCAGCAUGUACUACGUGAACAAGGAUGCAUGUAUGAAAGCUGAGGGACGGAGCGCAAGUACGCCUGAGGAGUGA